GUGAGUGAUCCGCGCACACAGCACAAAAGAAAGUGUGGGCUGAAAGGAGAGAGAAAGGGAAAAGUUCGUUUGGAGACGUUAUCGGACUCCAAAUCUACAUUCCGCCGGAUUUUGGGAACCCGGUUCGUGUCCGGUCUAGGGUUUUCAAAUUCUUUGGAGAGAUAGAGUGUUACAGAAAAUGAAGAAUAUUAAUUAACGGAUUUGGAAUUCUCCGAUUCCUCGGAAUUUGUGACCAUUUCUUGUUUAGAUUUGGGGUUUUGUUGAGGGGCAAUUGUGGAGCGUCUCAUGAUGUUUACGCCGCAAAGGAAGGUGUGGUCCGGCUGGUCGCUGACGCCACGAAGCGAGGCCCAGAAGAGCGGAGCGGGGUCGGAUCCAAAUAUGAAUGCGAACGGUCCAAAGAACCUGAAUUCUGUGGACGGGAGCGUUUUGAAGGGGAAGACUGUGGCUUUUGCUGAGCCGGUGACUCCUAAUGGCGUUGGAUUGGCCUUGGAAGGUGAUGGAGUGGAGAAGAUUUCAAACCUCGAAAACGAGCUGUUUGACUAUCAAUACAAUAUGGGGCUUCUAUUGAUUGAGAAGAAAGAAUGGACGUCAAAGUAUGAAGAACUCAGGCAAGCAAUUACAGAAACUACAGAUGCACUGAAACGAGAACAAGCAGCACAUUUGAUUGCAAUCUCUGAUGCUGAGAGGCGAGAGGAGCAUUUGAGGAAGGCCUUGGGUGUUGAGAAACAGUGUGUGCUUGAUUUGGAGAAGGCAGUUAGUGAGAUGCGUGCUGAGAAUGCAGAACUAAAGUUUACAGCUGAUUCAAAGUUGGCUGAAGCAAAUGCAUUGAUCACUAAUGUUGAAGAGAAAUCCUUGGAAAUAGAGGCAAAAUUGCGUGCUGCCGAUGCUAAGUUUGCUGAAGUGAGUAGAAAGAGAUCAGAGAUUGAUAGGAAAUCACAGGAUGUGGAAUCUCGUGAAAGUGUUCUUAAGAGGGAGCGCUUGUCCUUUAUUGCAGAGAGAGAAGCACAUGAGUCUGCUUUAUCUGGGCAAAGAGAGGACUUGCGAGAAUGGGAAAGAAAAUUACAAGAGGGAGAAGAAAGGCUAUCCAAAGCACAAAGGAUUAUCAACCAAAGAGAGGAAAGGGCCAGUGAGAAUGAUAGGAUCUUUAAACAAAAAGAGAAGGACCUUGAAGAGGCGCGAGAAAAGAUUGAUGAAGCAAACUCAAUCUUGAAAAGUAAAGAAGAUGAAAUGAACAGCAGACUGGCUAAUUUAACUCUAAAAGAGAAGGAAUUCGGCGCUACGAGAAAGAAACUAGAGAUGAAAGAGCAAGAGUUGCAUGCCUUAGAAGAAAAGCUAAAUGAUAGAGAAAAAGCUGAGAUUCAGAAGCUCAUUGAUGAACACAAUGCCAUUUUGGAUGAAAAAAGGCGUGAAUUUGAAUUGGAAGCUGACCAAAAGAGGAAAUCUCUGGAUGAGGAUCUGAAAAGCAAGGUGGUUGAAGUGGAAAAGAAGGAAGUUGAAAUCAAGCAUGUGGAGGAGAAAAUUCUGAAAAGGGAGCAAGCAUUGGAUAAAAGGUUGAAUAAGCUCAAGGAGAAAGAGAAAGAAUUUGAGUCAAAAUCAAAAGCACUAAAGGAAAGGGAGAAAACCAUAAGAUCUGAGGAAAAGAAUGUGGAGACAGAGAGACGACAACUGAAUUCUGAUAAAGAGGAUUUUCUGAAUCUCAAGGAUGAACUUGAGAAGACAAGAGCUGCCAAUGAAGAACAGCUGCUGAAGAUUCGUGAAGAGAACGAACGGCUCAAAGUAAAUGAAGAAGAGAGGGCUGAGUAUGUUCGAUUGCAGUCUGAACUAAAAGAGGAGAUAGAAAAGUGCAGGCAUCAGGAAGCAUUGCUUUUGAAGGAGGCUGAAGAUUUAAAGCAGCAAAAGGAGAAAUUUGAGAGGGAAUGGGAAGAUCUGGAUGAGAAAAGAGCUGAGAUUGAGAAAGAGCUGAAGAGCAUCAGCGAGCAGAAGGAAAAUUUUGAAAAGCUGAAAGUCUCGGAAGAAGAAAGAAUAAAAAAUGAAAAAAAAGCAGUGGAAGACUAUGUUAAAAGGGAGCGGGAAGCUCUUGAAAUUGCCAAAGAAUCUUUUGAGGCCAAUAUGGAGCAUGAACGGUCUGUGAUAGCUGAGAAAGCUCAAAGUGAGAGAAAGCAAAUGCUGGAUGAGUUUGAUCUUCAAAAGAGUGAACUUGAGAAUGAUUUGCAGAAAAGGCAGGAGGAGAUGGAAAAUCUUUUGCGCAGUAAAAACGAAUUGUUCGAAGAAGAGAAAGAAAGAGAAUUAAAUAACAUUAAUUUCUUAAGAGAUCUAGCUAGAAGAGAAAUGGAAGAAACGAAAUUGGAAAGAAUCAGGAUAGAAAAAGAAAGGCUAGAAAUUGAAGAAAAUAAAAAGCAUCUUCAAGAGCAACAACUCGAAAUGCGAGAAGAUAUUGAUAAGCUUGGCGAUCUUAGCAGGAAAUUGAAGGACCACAGAGAACAAUUUAUUAAGGAGAAAGAGCGCUUCAUUUUGUUUGUUGAGCAACACAAGAGUUGCAAGAACUGUGGUGAAAUAACUUCCGAGUAUGUGCUUUCUGAUUUAAUAUUGUCACAAGAAAUUGAGAAUGCAGAGGUCCUUCCCAAACAAGGGUUGGUUAAUAAUAAUGUGACAGGAGAUGAUAAUCAAAAUCUGGUGGCGGCUGCGAGGCAAGAGAUUGAUAAAUCUCCCACUGCAUUUCAUUCGGUAUCUCCAGUUUCAUGGCUCCGUAAAUGCACAUCAAAGCUAUUUAACUUUUCCCCAGGUAAAAAGAAUGAGCCUGCUGCUGUACAAAAUCUGACAGAGGGGGAACCUUUGUCUGUUGACAACAUGGAAGAACCAUCAAAAGUAAUAAAUUCCACUGUAAAUGAAAGGGAGUCAUCUUUUGCAAUUGGAAAUGAUCUAUUGGAUCUCCAGAGGAUACAGGCAGAUUCUAGCAUCAGAGAGGUUGAAGCUGCUCAGGAUUUGUCAGUUGAUGAUCAGAGCAAUAUUAACAGUGAGGCUCUGGAAAUUCAGGAGGACUCUCAGCGGUCUGAUUUAAAGCUUGGCCGCCAGCUUCAUAAAAGACUCAGGCCAAGAGUUAGCAGAACACGCUCAGUGAAGGCAGUUGUACAGGAUGCCAAGGCUAUACUAGGGGAAUCUUUGGAGCUAAAUGAGACUGAAAAUUCUAGCCAUCUGAAAGCUGAAAGCCGCGAUGAGUCUAGUCUUGCAGAUAAAGGAACUCCAAGAAAUGCCCGGAAACGGAACCGUGCUCAUACAUCUCAAAAUACAGUGAGUGAACGUGAUGGUGAAGAAAGUGAGGGACAUUCUGAUAGUGUCACAGCUGGCAAGCGUAGGAGGAGGCAACAAAAAGUUGCUGUUGUGCAAGCUCCAGGGGAAAAGUGUUACAAUCUUCGACGACCUAAGCGUGGAGUCACAGUUGUGACUGAUAAAGCCUUGUCAGAUAACAAUCGUGAAAACAAGGAAGAUGGUGUUGAGGGUCUGACUUUGACGGGGAUGGUUAGUGAGAAUGGUGGGAUUCCACACACUGAACAGUUGGAGAAGGUCUCAGAUGAUCAGGAUGGUGAUGCUGAUACAACCAGAAACAUGGUUGACAGUGCUGCAUUGAGUGAGGAGGUGAAUGGUACUCCAGAUGCCGCCGGUCAGUAUGGUGUUGGAGAUGAGUACAGGAGUGAAUCCCGAAUAGAAGAUGAAGAUGAGGAUGAGGAUGAGGAAGAUGAGUCUGAACAGCCUGGUGAAGUCUCAAUUGGGAAGAAGCUUUGGACUUUCUUCACAACGUGAUGACCGAAUAUUGUGUUUGGUUGGGUGGCUUUUAUGGAUUCUUGAUUGUUUAAAAAAAAAAAAGAAUAUAUAUAUAUAUAUUUUUUAAUUAGGAUUUGGUGUUAGGAGUUCUUUGACGUGUAUUAGUGUGUAUUAACAAAUCAAAUGUAGUAAUGAAGUCUUAAUCCAGGUGGAGGGAUCUUGUUUUCUUUGGCCCUCGUUUUCUUUUGGUUAGGAUUCAGGAUUUUGGGGGCUGUUAUAAUUCAGUACAAUCGUAGAUGAUUUGAUGUAGCAAUGACCAGUGCGAUAUUAAAACACUGGAGACAUCUUCCACAUCACCCAUAUUGUUUGCAUCAAAGUGCUUGUAUUUUUUUUA